AUGGCGCGCUGGCUCUCAUCGCUCAUCCUUUGCGCCGUGAUGGAAUCGACCGGAUUCGCAGCGGCAAUACGAUGUAAAGUUUACCCGGGUGACACCGCCUGGCCCUUGGAUGAAGCGUGGACGUCACUCAACGAACGCGUCGAUAACCGCCUCCUCAAGCCGCGCCCCCAGGCGGCGGCAUGCUACAAUGGCCCCGAAUACGAUGCGGUCGCCUGCGCGAGAAUGUCGGCCAACUGGACCAACUCGUACAUCCACCUAGAAGAUCCCAUUGAGAUGUUCUCGCCUGUUUAUCAAGGCCUGACGUGUCUGCCACCCAGCAUCUAUGACUCGGGGAACUGCACCAUGGGUGGCUUCCCAUGGUAUGUCAUUAAUGCGACUUCGCCGAAGCAUGUACAGGAGGGCGUCAAGUUUGCCGCUGAGACAGGCGUGAGGCUUGUGGUGAAGAACACCGGGCAUGACUUUUCAGGCAAGUCCGGUGGCGGGGAGUCGCUGAGUAUCUGGACUCGUUACUUGAAAGAUGUCGAGUACGUCGAAGAGGUGAUCGAUGCAGUUGAGGGGUACUCUGGUCCCGCAUUCAAGUGCGGCACUGGAGUUCAAGCUUUUGAGAUCUACAAGGUGGCUUCGGAGUACAACAAGGUGGUUGUUGGUGGCGAAGGAGAGACAGUGGGAGUUAUGGGAGGCUACAUCCAAGGCGGAGGACACAGUCCCCUCAGCUCGAUCUAUGGCACCGGAGCAGACCAAGCCCUCGCAUUCGAAGUUGUCACGGCUGACGGUGAGCUCGUGACGGCAAACCACACCCAAAACUCGGAUCUGUUUUGGGCUCUUCGUGGUGGCGGGGGCUCGACUUUUGGUGUUGCAAUCUCUGUCACAGUCAAAGCCUUCCCGGACGUCACGACGACCGCGGCGGCUUUCAAGUUUUCGACUGCGGAUGGCAUCUCCAACGAGACCUUUUGGGCCGGCGUGCGGAGCUACUUCGACUCGUUCAUCCACAACGCCGACAACGGCACGUAUGCCUACUUUGUGAUGUUGCCUAACAACCCGGGUCCUGGAAACUUUCUCUUCCAGAUGACACCGUUUUUUGCACCGAACAAAACCGCAGAAGAUGUCAAUGCCUUAUUCGAUCCGUGGUUCGCCGAGCUUCGAAAGCUCGGGAUCGAUUUUACUCCCAACAUGACGCAGUAUGGCAGCUUCUACCCUGCCUGGCAAGACUUCUUCCCUCUUGAGGCGGUCGAAAAGGUCAACGUGCAGAGCGGUUCUCGUCUUUUCCCACGUCGAAACUUUGAAGAUGUGGAGCUGAAGCAAGCCACCUUCGACGCCAUCCGCAUUUCACUCGAGACGAACCAUGUUUUUGUCGGAUUCAAUAUUAAGGCAACCAGCCCUGAUGACCCGGAUAACGCAGUCAACCCCGCCUGGCGCGAAAACAUCCUCUUCGCCAUCCAGUCUGUCAGAUGGCCAGUCAACGCGACCACCGAUCAGAUCUUGGAGGCACGCAAGGGCUUUACCUUGGGCGACAUGCAACGCUGGCGGGAUGUGUCACCGGGGGCGGGCUCGUACCUGUCUGAGUCGGACAGAAUGGAGCCGAACUUUCAGCAAUCAUUUUAUGGGGACACCAAGUACCCGCGCUUGUUGGAGUUGAAGCGCAAAUGGGAUCCGAACGACGUCUUCUAUGCAGCUACCGCGGUCGGCAGUGAGUUUUGGACAAUCCAUACGGCUGACGGACUCCCUCAUGAGAAUGGCAAGUUGUGCCGCGUCGAAGAAUGA